GAGACAAUACAGCGAUAAUCUCGCCCACAUAUCAGAACAAGAUAGUUGAUUAUUUUUAACCAGGUGGCGCUCGUGAAUUCGCCAUAAUUCAAACUCGAGUGGUAAGAUGGCUGCUGCCGCGAACGCUACUGCUGUUAUUCUGGAUCAAGUAGAAGAGGAUGCUUCUGAAUUACAGUUUCCGAAAGAAUUUGAAAAUGCUGAGACUCUGCUCAUAUCUGAAGUAAAUAUGCUUUUGGAGCAUAGAAAACAGCAGAAUGAGAGUGCAGAAGAGGAACAAGAACUGUCGGAAGUUUUUAUGAAAACUUUAAGUUACUGUCAACGAUUCAGUCGUUUUAAAAAUCGUGAAACCAUAUCCGCUGUAAGAAGUCUUCUAAUGCAAAAAAAACUUCAUAAAUUUGAGCUUGCACAAUUAGCAAAUUUAUGUCCUGAAACACCUGAAGAAGCAAAGGCAUUGAUACCAAGAUCAGCUGUGAAUACUCUAAUGAUCUUGACAUAA